CCCCUUACAUCAACUGUCCCCAUCAGAGUGCCCCUUACAUCAACUAUCCCCAUCAGAGUGUCCACUUACAUCAACUGUCCCCAUCAGAGUGUCCACUUACAUCAACUGUCCCCAUCAGAGUGUCCCCUUACAUCAACUGUCCCCAUCAGAGUGUCCCCUUACAUCAACUGUCCCCAUCAGAGUGCCUCUUACAUCAACUAUCCCCAUCAGAGUGUCCACUUACAUCAUCUGUCCCCAUCAGAGUGUCCCCUUACAUCAACUGUCCCCAUCAGAGUGCCCACUUACAUCAACUGUCCCCAUCAGGUC